CAGUAUUGUUACAAGAUGGCUCAUAGAAAGGACAGAAGCUACAUAGAGAAGGCAAGUGAUAAGCAGUACCAAAAUUCGUAUAACUCAACCACUGGGGAGAAGAUGACCCACCCAAGUGGUCAUAUGGACCCUGACCCCCGUAGAAGUCAAGGCUGUGGCUUCCAUGAAAACUCUCCGGCUCACGUUGGGGGACCCGCCAGUGUGCAUCAUCAGAAUCAACUAAGUGGUCAGAUGGACCCUGGCCAUCGUGGAAGUCAAGGCUAUGGUUUUUAUGAAAAAUCGCCAGACGACGUAAGGUCAAGGAGGGAUUACGAGCAUAGACCUACCAUUGCUCAUUACCAGUCUCACUAUGAUGGAGAGGAGGACAUGGAUCAUGACGGCGAUGCUAAACACCACGGUGGAAGCAGGCGUGAUUUUAUGCAGGCACAGAGACAGCAGUUCCGCUCACUUCAAGCCAGUAAACAAAUGCUGUAUGAUGUCUAUGAACAAAACAUGGGUAUGAUCGAGGAGCUCGAGGCCCGAGACAGCGCAGAAAUGUCACAAAAAACUGAAGGGUUUAUACCAUAUAUGCGCUCAAAGAUACGCCUCCCUACCCAGAAACACAAAGCCAGAACGGACGUAACAGCCAUUAUAGAAGCGGAGAUAGUUUGUCUGCAAACACAGCUGAUGGUAGCUCCGAAAGAGGUCGUGGCCUCAGCCACCGAGGAGCUGAUAAAGAAAACCCUCCUGUGGCUUGCUCAUCGUCAGGACAUGGCGGCGCCACUGGCGCAUUGCGACGGUUACGCUGUCAACGUACUUGAGCUGCUGUUGCAUGGCAACGCGGAAAUACAACCGAGAGAGAAAGGACCCAAUGCCGGAAGGCGAGUUUUGCUUUAA